AUGCCUCGCGCCGAGGUUGGUUCGACCAAACACAUCGCAAAUCAGAUGAAGGCAAAAGGCCUUCAACGGUUGCGAUGGUACUGUCAAGCAUGUCAACGCCAGAUGCGCGAUGAGAAUGGUUUCAAGUGUCAUGUCGCCUCAGAGUCCCACGUGAGGAACAUGCAAACCAUUGGAGAAGAUCCUCGGAAGGCGAUCAACGAGUUCUCAAGAGAAUUCGAGCGAGACUUCGUACAACUGUUGAGGACAGGCCACGGCGAGAAGAAGGUCAAUUUGAACCACUUCUACCAGGAGUAUAUCUCGAACAAAGAGCACAUGCAUAUGAAUGCUACGAAAUGGGCCAGUCUAACCGAAUUUGCAAAACACCUCGGUCGUUCGGGAACUUGCCGCGUGGAAGAAGACGAGGAGAAAACGGAGCAAGGUGUUGGUGGCGCCUCAAGCCUCACCAUCUCCUGGGUUGACAACAGCCCAGAGGCGUUAAGACGGCAGGAAGCGCUCAAAAAGAGAGAAAGGCAAGAUAAGGGUGACGAGGAGCGCGAGCAACGCAUGAUUCAGCAACAGAUUCGGCGAGCAAGGAAAGACGCAACCGAAUACCGAGACCAAGACUCCGAGGAGGAUGAGGAUGACGAGCCAUCUGCAGAAGGCAUCAAGCGCAACAAUGGCGAAAAAGUUGUGCUCAACUUCGGCGCGAAGAAGCAGUCGGAUCCAGAAAAGCCCCCAUCUCCACCUCUGACCGACGACGCCGAAUCACCAGACAAAGCCGACGCAAACGAGAAAACGUCGUCACCGGAAGCCGAAGCCUCUAAGCCCAGCUCGACUGCCGCAACCGCAAAGCCCGGCUUCAAGCCCAUGUCGUUUGGCGCUGCAUCCAAGCCAAAAAAUGUCUUCGCAGCCGCGUCCAAGAAGAAUGCUUUCAGUGGCUCCAAGAAGGCUACCGCACCAGGCCCUCAGAGACCCAUGAGCGAAGCGGAGCGAAUCAUGAAGGAGGAGAUCGAGAAGAAGCGGCAAAGGGAGGCUGGUGGCGGUAAUGCCUUCAAGAAGCAGCGCGUAUCAUGA